UUAACUUAUCAAUUCGAAAUGCAAAUCUUCACCCGUGGUGUGAUCAUGAAUUUGCAUAACAAAACACUAUUGCCAUUGAUACACUGCGCUUAAUAUAUUGACUUGACUAACCACACCGUCACAUCACAAUCCCUUUAACCCUCAUCGAGGCGCGACAGUCAAUUCCAAGAAUAUUCAAGUGUCAUUCAAGCCUACGCAGUUGAACUCGGCUGUUUCGCAUCGGUUUCGAAACUUGGUUUUUAAACUUUUUCGGCCAAAUACGAGGUACAAAAUUAAAUUCUCAGACAUGAUGCCUAUUGUAACUUCUAAUGAUAAUAUUGCGACAAAAUAUGUCGAGAAAAAAGUAUCAUUUGACAAGGAAAACCGGCAAGAUUCUUAUAAUGACAAGCCUCGACUCAGACCGGCUGUAACGUCGCAACGCCAAGAUGAACUUAGUGAUGCGGCAACAAGAAGUGGUCAAACCUCAUUCAAAACGAAUAACCUUGGCAUUUCGGUCUCACCUCCAUACAUGGCCACCGAAGAAAAAAGACAAGUAACGUAUCCCGUUAUUAAUGAUGUACGGACGCUACAAGUACCAGGUCAAGCUAUGACGACGCAUCAAGAAAGAUUGCCUACAAUGAUUCACAGCUCGCCAUCUGAACAGUCUAGGUACCUAACAAAGAAUACGACCCAACCUGUUCACAGCGACCAAAUACCUCCUAAAAACAUACAAUUGAUACCACAAAGGCCUCAGGAUCUCAUAGAUAACGUAUCCAUCGACUCAGCACGAGAAAAUUUUAGGAGUAGCGCACAGUAUCGUAAAUCUUACGCGUUCAAAAUCUGGCGAGACAAAGGAAGCUUUCCAUAUCGGCUUGCUGAGCAACCAGUUGUUAAAGAAGUAGCACAACGGAAGAAAUCUAAAAAAUACAUGAACGCUGUACGAGCGCAAAGAGAUCGUGAAAAUGAAGAAGCUUGGAAAACAUUUAAGAGUUGUAGAACAACAACAAAUGAGAUGAGAUAUAGAAGAUCGUCGAAAUUCCCACGCAUUCGGGUAGAAGCAAAUGUAAUUACGAAUAAACAUUACGAGAAAGAACAGUUAGACACGCUAUUAUCCCAAGACAUAGAACAGAAAGGAAGAACUAUGAAGCAACAGAACUGUAUACCUGACUACUUCAAGAAUAAGAAAGAAUCGGCACAGAAGACCGAAAUUGUACAUUCGCCUACUAAAUCUAUUCCGACUUCAGUGAUCCAUGUACUCGCAACAAAGCCUUGUGACGUUUCUGUACAAACUAAUCAAGCCGAACAACGUACACAUAAUUCGAAACGAGCAACACUAUCAGGAGUUGAGUCGCAAUCAUAUGUAACUUCUGAAGGAAAAUUAUCGCCAGAUAAACAGGGCGGUUCCUCCCAAUGGUCUAAUGAACUAACUUCCUCCAUCGGAAAUUAUAAUAUGCAUGCUCAAAGUCCCGAAGUGGAUGCUAAUGCAGAGAACGGUGUACAGCAAAUAUCAACAGAAACGUUCACUAAAAACAAACAGCCGGACAUUUCAAACAGUUUCAGAGAGACUAUUCCAUCUAACACUCAGAGCGAACAAGAAGGCAGUCCUGCAAAACGCCAUUGUUCACCAAGUUUAUCCACCGUAUCACCUAUGUUAAGUAAUAACUCCUUCCGAAGUGGCGAAGCUACCGAGUGUUUACCAACUUAUUUGAAUGGUGAUGAGAACACUUCACAGGCCCGUACCCCGAGCCCAAUACUGCAGGCCCAAGAAGUAGACAACUCAAUUUUAACUUCAGUUAUUAAGAACAGUCUGGCAAAGAAAUACAGCAAAGAAAACGUGAAACCAAACGCUCAUGCAACAGCAGUUGAACGAAACAGAAAGCGAGUACGAGGUGAAUCGUUGAAUACUGAAGAAGGGGAGCCUCCGCGAGGAAGGAUAAAACAGCAAAAGGCAACCAUGUUCACACGCCUUGAUGAGGCUGUUGCAACUAAUCUUGCUGAAGGAAUACACAAUGUCAACUCGGAAUAUUUUCCAAUAGAAGCUCUUGCCAAGAAAGCGGCGAAUGAAACGAGCAAAGGCGUUUCUGACAACCGGGAGCGUAGAUUAGAAACAACAUCGGUUAAACACAAACUAGACGAGAUUGAACGUGCACGGCUGUUACUGAAAGAAUUAUUUGAUGUUACAUCGGAGAGUAGUGGGGAUAAUGAAAUGAAAACUUUCGAUCACGCGUCUCGUUCUUUUGGUCGAAAGAAUAUCCUAAAUCAUCUCAGCCUUAUUGAUCGGUAUUUUGCUGAGUUUCAAAAGAAGUUAUCCAGUUGGGAUCGCCCAACUUUGCUUCCAUCAUGAAUUAAUUGAUUGAUGGCUAUAUAUCAUGAUGACACUAUAUAUACUAAUUCACGUUUCGACUUUAUUAUCUUCAUUAAAGUUAACUAAAAUAUGACAAGCUCCCACUUUUAUACAUUUUUUUACACUUUUAUACAACUAAACAAUAUACUAUUAUAUAUUUACCAAUAUUAUUCACCAAUAUCAUUUACUAAGUCAUCAUGUAAUCUCGUACCCAGGGUCUUCUGUGUUCACGGGGCCCGUGAACACAGAAGACCCUGGGAACGAGGUUGGUCAUCAUGCACCUCGCACUUCCCAAGACUUCGCACGAUUGUGAUAAUCAUCACUAAUUACAUUCACGGAUUCAUAUCAAUAAUAGGUAUAUAUUUGGAUGCUAACGUAUUUUCAUCUACACGUAAUAUACUAGAGUGUAGUGCAUGGUAAUAAUAAUCUUACAUAGCUAUAUGUUGUUCAAAAAAAUGGCAGCCGAAAAACUGGUUUUCACAUGUAGGAACACCACAUACGAAACGCAAAGGUUAUAUUUUUUUAGCAAUACGUCAGGACAAAAAGGACAACCUUCUGCAUGAAAUUUGUGCGUGAAAAAACCCAUUUAUUUCGACCUAUAAAGCAGGUCCUCGAAGAAAAUAAUUUAAAAAGUCUGGUGAGACCGAACUUCAAAUUGGAAUCAUGUAUAUUUUAGCAUGUGUUAUAGAUCGCCAUUCACUGGUGGUCCGACGUGGAAAGCAGUUUGUGGCGCAAAUCAAUCAGCUACACUUACAAUUAAAAAUUUGCUAUUGUAAUUAAUGUUAUACUGUAAAAUACUGUAAAUGCUAUAUAAUAUUGGUAUCAUACUGUAUGAAUUUUGUACAUCAUGCAUACAUGCAGGUGAAAUAUAAUCCCUUACUUAGUA